CACAAUCUGCUCUACACAACACUUUUGUUCUCUUGACAAUGAAGUGGGUUGUCGUUGUAGUCUUUGUCUUUCUACUGCGCGUCGACUCCUCUUUUCAUUCCGCCUAUCUCAGCGGCGUAUCCGUGUACGAAAGUGGUUUAUGGUCGGAAGCCAUUUCACUCUUUCAUUCCUCCAGAACUCAAUACCUCGACUGGAAAAUAUCGUUCGUAGCCUGUAAACGAAAGUGCGGAGACUUCGUCUUUCCUGAGGACGAUAGCUGGACUGUAGGCCCUUGGACUGACGUGCAAGAGAAAGCAAAAUGCUCGCUUGUUUGCUCGGAUGGAAUGGAAAAUCCGCGAGCAGCAGCUGACCCCUUUGUGAGCCGGCAUCUGUACCAUUACUUACAGUAUGCUUACUACAUGGAAGGAAAGAUAGAGCAGGCAGCAGCUGCUACUUACACGUAUCUAGAGGCAAACCCAGGACACGCAGUGAUGACCAGAAAUCUGGGCUACUACCAGAGCCGAGAUGAUGUUUCACCAGACAGUUUUGUGUCUCAGGAACCAGACAAUUGGCUCACUCGGUUCCUGCAAGCUACAGAUUUUUAUGAAAACACUCGGUAUGAUAAAGCCGUCGAGACGUUUGAGGAGGCGUUGAAGUCUUACUACGAGGCUGUGGAUGUGUGCCUGUUGUCAUGUCAGAAUAGUGUCAACACGACUUUGAUUCCUGGAGGCGACAUGUCUUCCGUUAUUGCGGGCGUUUACAAGAGCGUGCUGCAAUGCAGAGUGAGAUGUCCUGUCGACAUGUCGUAUGAUACUAGGAAUGCUGACAAGGAGGACUACGAGGCCAUGCAUUUUCAUUACCUCCAGUUUUCCUACUAUCAGUUGAAUCGGUUGACAGAGGCCGCGGCUUCUGCAAUGACUUACUUGGAGAUGAAACCGGACGAUGAGACAAUGAUUAAUAAUCUGAAAUUUUAUGAGAGUCAAACGGUAUUGGCAGGGGUCGACCUCAGUCCUCGAAAUGAAAUACGGUAUCAUCGAUCAUUAAAGAAAGAAAGACAACUGCUGGCAUUAGGAGGAAUAGCAAUUGCCACAAAAAUCGAAGGUCCACAGAAAUUUGGAUCUCAGUAUGCAUCGAUGUUCUCAUCAAUACCAAAGCAGCAGUUCUCCACACGACAAGCACAACAAGAAAACUCAAACAAACAGAAUCUGUUACCAUCAUUCCGCGAGGACUCUUACCAUGCUUCUAUUAAUAAAUGGACUAUCAACUACGAUACUUCUUCCCCGGGUAGGAAGAGGACCGAUGACAACAUAGAAAUACUGUUGCCUCCUGCUGGUCAAGAAUCAAAAGAACGUGUAGUAGCCGAACACUUAAUCACUUCCGAUGAAUGCCGGGUACUUCUAUCUCUAGCAAAAUUGGGAGGAAUCCCAGGGGAUGGCUACCAGAACAACCCCAGUCCUCACACAAGGAAUGAAAGGUUUAUCGGCUUGACUAUUCUCAAGGCAGCCGAACUAGCUAACGAGGGACAGCUGGAUGUACACGGUACUCACCUAUACUACGAUGUAACAGAGAGAUCACGAGCAUUUACAGAGAAAUACUUUAAAUUGAAUUCCACACUGUACUUCAGUUACACACACUUGGUGUGUCGAUCAUCACUACUAAACAAAGGACGAGAAACAAACGAACUGAGCCAUCCGGUUCAUUCAGACAACUGCCUCAUUCGUGCUAAUGGCAGUAUUUGUGACAGAGUGCCGCCGGCGUAUACAAAACGGGACUACAGCGGGGUGCUCUACCUCAACGAUGAGUUCGACGGUGGCAAUUUCUUCUGGGCACAUAGAAACUUGACCGUCGAUACGACUGUACGUCCCACGUGUGGACGACUAGUAGCCUUCGCUGCUGGAGAUUAUCACGGUGUAACUGGAGUGAAUUCGGGUACACGAUGUGCAGUUGCUUUGUGGUUCACACUCGAUCCAGAUGACGACGAAACAGGACGACUACAGGCUCGUGAUAUUCUAAACGGACUUACAAAUCCAAAUGCCGCUACCCAUUCAGAACUGUAGCUUCAAUAGUUGAGAUUGUAAGAGAGUGAGUUAGGUAUAUCAUGUCAAAAUCUUGCCAGUCCUUA